AUGCUCGAAACCUCUCGGCGAAAGACGUUGGAUUGGAUGAAUAGUCGAUACAUUUACGGGAAAAUUCCAUUAUUACACACAGUCAUUCUCCUGAUCGAAUUCGCCAUGGUCGCGCGACUGAUAGCCAAGUUCAAUUCGUACUACAGUCAGAAGCCAUUGCUGACUACCAUGAUAACCAAUGCAAUCCUUGGUGGCAUCGCAGACUCGACUGCUCAGUUCAUCGCAGCAUACAGGACGCGCCAACUUGCGCUUCCGAUGAACGCCGACACACGAAAUUUCAUCUCGUCUGGAGUAGAGCUGGAAGAUUUGAACGAGAAGCCGGCCAGAUUCUCGCCGGCUCUUUCGCCUACCUACUCAGGCCCCCCUGCCUUCGAUUUCGAGCGACUCACUCGGUUCAUGUCGUACGGUUUCCUCAUGACACCGCUACAAUUCAAAUGGUACGGCCUGCUCAGCAAGUGGUUCCCAGUUACACCUCAGCGAGGCACCAUUCCGGCUCUUCAACGUGUGGCCAUGGAUCAGCUUCUCUUUGCUCCUUGCAGUUUGGCUGCCUUUUUCACCUUUAUGACGAUAGCUGAAGGAGGUGGAAAGAAGCACUUGAUCAAGAAGUUCCAGGACAUCUAUAUUCCGACGCUUAGAGCCAACUAUAUCCUUUGGCCAGCUGCUCAAAUUCUGAACUUUAGGGUUAUGCCAUUGCAGUUUCAGAUACCAUUUGUGAGCACUAUCGGUAUCGCCUGGACGGCAUACUUGAGUCUGAGCAACGCAACAGAGGAUGAGACGAUGGAUGUUUAA